CAGUAGGCGGAGAAUUGUCGUAGUUAUUAAAAUACAAAUCUAUAAAAAACAUUCCACAUACUCAGUUACUUUCAAACUUUUAAAGAUUUCUUCUCGUUCUCAUAUACUGAAAAUAAUUGUUCGAAAUAAAAAGACUAGAAAAAAAUUACAUAUAAGAAAUUGACAAUAAGAAGGAUUGAAAUUAUCAAUAAUAAAAUAAUAAAAAUUGUGCCAACAAUAAAAAAAAUACUAUUAAUAAUAAUAAAAUAGAAAUUAAUAUUAUUAUUAAGAAGAAUGCACCUGAUGGGAAUUUUUCUACCGCUGAUAAUAAUUCUCGGCUAUUAUUCACCUGCUCAAGGAAAAGUGUUGACUCAAUGUGAAGCGGCGCAAGAACUUGUGAAAGGAGGAGUUUCCCGAUCAUUCAUCAGUAAUUUUGUCUGUCUAAUGAAAAGCGAAAGUGGACUUGACACGAGGAAGAAAACUGGACCAAAAACAAUGUCGAGCUAUUGUUAUGGUGUCUUUCAAAUCAAUAGUGCAAAAUGGUGUGAGCAAUCAAGAAAAGGUGGCGUUUGCAACAAGAAAUGCGACGAAUUCAUUACUGACGACAUUCAAGACGAUGUGGCAUGUGCGAAAAUGAUUCAUUCGCAGGAGGGUUUCAAUCAUUGGCCCGGAUGGGUCAAGGAUUGUAAAAAUAAAGCUCUUCCCGAUCUGUCAGGCUGCAAAUAUUGAUCUUUUCUUGUAUACUUAAUUAUUAUAUACUAAUUAAUUCAUUAAAUUAAUAAAAUAAUAAAGUUAAUUAAUUAUUUAACUAA